UUCCCGGUCACCCCCAGUGAAUAUUAAAUGCUGUCUGUCUCUCUCUCUCUGUCUGCACCUUUAAAGAAAUUCUCUCUCUGUUCUUGGAGUAACCACUUUACUCCAAUUUUUGUACCAGUACAUGCGAUUCAUCUCUACGUGGACUCACCCAGAAAAAGGUGCCUCCUUUUUCUGUACUAGGUUGUCUGUUCUUUAAUGGUUUCAUAUCCUAUGUUUUUGUGAUUGAAAAUCUCUAGUUCUUCUAUUGCUGUUCCUUAAUAAGAAACCCAGAUUUAGCUUCAAGGAAACUCGAAAAAACCCAUCGUUUUGAUUCUAGAAUUUCUAGUCUCUAUGAUGAUGGGUGGUGGAUCGUUUAAAUUGUUCAUCUGUGUUCUAUUAGUACCAUAUUUCGCAUGUUUUGCUAGUGGAUUUACUCCUGCAGACAUGUACCUUAUAGACUGUGGAUCACCUACCAACACUACGGUGGGUGACCGGGUUUUCAUGGCGGAUAACUUGGCCUCACAAUUACUUUCAACCCCUGAAAACAUCUUGGCCAAUAAUACAUCCGCAAAUUCUGCCACAUCAUCUGGUGAUUCGGCUCUUUAUCAAACAGCAAGAAUUUUUACUGCAACCACGAAGUACACGUUUUCAAUCAGCCAAAGAGGGAGGCAUUGGAUUCGCCUUUAUUUCUACCCAUUUGUCUAUAGGAAUUACAAUUUGAGCUUGGCAAAUUUCUCUGUUUCCACCCCAAAUUAUGUACUCCUUGGGAAUUUUAAUCCUGCUGGCUUGUCUUUUAAAGAAUUUUCAGUAAAUGUGACAUCCAGUACUCUUGAAAUCACCAUGACCCCUUUCAAAAAUUCGUUUGCCUAUUUAAAUGCUUUGGAAGUUGUCUCGGUCCCUGAUAUCCUCAUCACUGAUGAUGCCGCCUCUGUCAACCCUCCGGGGAGUUUCCAAGGUUUGAUGAGACAGGCACUGGAGACAGUUCAUCGGGUGAAUAUGGGUGGACCAACUGUCUCUUUUGAGAAUGAUACACUAUGGCGAACUUGGAUUCCUGAUCAGAGUUACUUGGUGCAAGUGAAUCUUGCUGAUAAUGUAUCAAAUAUCGCAAGUGUUAAGUAUCCUGCGGGUGGUGCGACGAUAGAUAUUGCUCCACCUAGUGUCUAUGGUACUGCUGCAAAGAUGAGAUCAGAAAAUGAUCCGACUAGCAACUUCAAUGUGACAUGGGAAUUCACUGUGGAUCCAGGAUUCCAGUACCUUGUGCGGUUUCAUUUUUGUGAUAUAGUGAGCAAAUCUCCUAACCAGCUCUACUUCAAUGUUUAUAUAAAUUCAUGGAAUGUUGUUCCUAAUCUUGAUCUGAGUACUAGAACCCUUGGCAUUUUGGCCACUGCAUAUUAUAUGGAUUUUGUUAUGGCAUCAGCUGAUAGUAGUAAGCUUCGGGUGAGUAUUGGUCCAUCUCCAGUUAAUAAUGCUUACCCUAACGCCAUUCUAAAUGGACUGGAGAUUAUGAAGAUGAACAACUCUGCAGGAAGCCUCAGUAAGGUGGCCUCUGUACCAUCUUCCUCAAGGCCAGGCUCAAAGAAGAAUGUGGGAGUGAUUGCGGGUGUGAGCAUAGGGGCAUCAGUUGCUGUGGUGAUGGCUGUCAUUCUAUUUUUCUUGCAUAGAAGAAGAAAAAUGGAACGUCUACGCCAGUCCAAAACGUGGAUUCCUUUAUCCAUUAAUGGAGGAACUUCCCACACUAUGGGAAGUAAGUACUCCAAUGGAACAACCGUUAGUGCUGGCUCUAACUUGAGCUACCGCUGUCCUUUUGCAGCAGUUCAAGAGGCAACAAACAACUUUGAUGAGAGUUGGGUUAUUGGAAUUGGUGGUUUUGGGAAGGUUUACAAAGGAGUUUUAAAUGAUGGCACAAAAGUGGCUGUUAAGAGGGGUAAUCCCAGAUCCCAACAAGGUCUGGCAGAGUUCCGAACUGAAAUUGAGAUGCUGUCUCAGUUCCGCCACCGCCAUUUGGUUUCAUUGAUUGGGUAUUGUGAUGAAAAAAAUGAGAUGAUUUUGAUUUAUGAAUAUAUGGAGAAUGGGACCCUCAAGGGUCAUCUUUAUGGCUUAGGUCUUGCCAGCUUGAGUUGGAAGGAGAGGCUUGAGAUAUGCAUCGGAGCAGCCAGAGGGCUUCACUACCUUCACACCGGCUAUGCAAAAGCAGUUAUUCAUCGUGAUGUGAAGUCAGCAAACAUAUUGCUGGAUGAGAAUCUUAUGGCCAAAGUUGCCGAUUUUGGACUCUCAAAGACAGGCCCUGAAAUUGAUCAAACCCACGUGAGUACUGCGGUGAAAGGGAGCUUUGGGUACCUUGAUCCUGAAUAUUUCAGAAGGCAACAGCUGACAGAGAAAUCAGAUGUGUACUCAUUUGGGGUGGUUCUGUUUGAAGUUCUUUGUGCCAGGCCUGUGAUAGAUCCAUCUCUUCCAAGGGAGAUGGUGAACUUAGCUGAAUGGGCAAUGAAGUGGCAGAAGAAGGGGCAGCUGGAGCAAAUCAUUGACGCUAAUCUUGCCGGAAAAAUAAGACCGGAUUCUCUUCGGAAGUUUGGAGAAACAGCAGAGAAAUGCUUGGCUGACUUUGGUGUUGACCGACCAUCUGUGGGAGAUGUCUUGUGGAAUCUUGAGUAUGCACUUCAACUUCAAGAAGCAGUUCUUCACAAUGAUCCUGACGAAAACAGUACUAAUGUCAUUGGUGACCUCUCUCCACUAGUCAAUGAUUACAACCAUGUUGAUGUUGUUUCAGAUGCUCAGUUCGAAAUGUCAAGUGCGGAUGAUCUUUCGGGGGUUUCAAUGAGCAGGGUGUUCUCACAGCUGGUGAAGUCUGAGGGUAGAUGAUUGAAUGAAGCUCGUAUAAAAAGAUGUGUUUAGCUCCUCCUCUUUGCUUAAUACCUUUUUGGUUCUUCAACGGUCCAACCUCUACUCAUGCCAUCAUGCAUGGUACCUAAAAGAUAUUCCCUUCAUUUUGCUGGAAAUAAAAGAAGCAGACUACUAGAGUUAAAGGUCACCUUGCUUUAGGCAAAGUAUUGGAAGUGCCUUUGAAUACUAUGAAGUGGCUUGCUCAUUGGAGGAACUGAAGAGGUCACUUUCGCCUAUGUCGUGAGCAUUGAUCGUUGAAGAGGAUUGUGUGGUUGUUUUCUGCACUUAUCAUGGGGCAUUGUGAGUUCUCUUUUGUACAAAAGAGUGAGUGGCUGUUACAUUCCUUUUUUCUUUGGCUUUUUGCAUGAUUAAUUACUAUGUAGGAUUGUAUCGUGUGUGGCUCUUGAACAAUUCUUAAGGUUACUGUAAUCUUGUUCUCAACUUGUUGGACAGAUGGUUCCACUAUCCUUCCCUGGCUACCAUGUCUAUUAUUGUGAUCUUUCUUGGUACAUCUAAAGUCAGCUAUAGCGUGGUUGUCACUAUAUUGGUGUCCUUUGUUUUUUCUCCUAGAAUCUUUGGAAUGGUUGGGUAUGCCUAGCCUCCAUUGUAGGGAACCUAACCCAUUGGAGCAGACGAAAUGGGUGGUGCCUUAUUGUUAGACUUUGGGGGUUUGGGAAUGUAUCCCCCCCCCGACCAUCGAGUCAGUCUACGUUUGCUUUAUAUGACAAGAAUUGAUGUGUGAGUUC